GAAUCAUUCGAGUAAUACUAAUAAAAGUGCAAGAGUGAUUUGGCCGGUGCAUGCUGAAGUACAGUGUAGUACACUGAGUAAAUUACAUUGAAAGUCAGUAGUAAUUCGGUCCGGUUCGUGAUAAGCGGAGAAUACAGUCGGGUGUGAGCGUGCUGCUGUUGAUAGUAACCAAUCAAAGAAGAUACACGAUCAUCGUGUGAUCGACCGCUGCCCGGUGAGCGACGUGAGCGACGUUGAGCAACUCCGGAGAGGACACACACAAUCCCGUGCGGCUGGCUUAUAGGAGUGGUACAAAUUGAUUCGCCAUUCGUCCGGUGCUCAUUCGAUUCUGGAACGUGGUGAAGUACGGUCGCUCUGUGAAAUAAAUACCGAAUAGCUAGUCUUGUUAUCAGUUUGUUACUUUGAGCCAAAAGCCAGUGAGUGAGUGUUUCAUCAGUUGUGAACGAAACACAUUGAAACUAAAUUCGCAGAAUGUCAGGAAAAGUUGAAAACGGUAGUGCCGCGAAACCGACCGGCGUUGACCAGACAGGUUUGCUGCCGCAUCUAGAGUCCCUUGACCGCAUGCUGAAGUUGCCAGUGGUGGAUGCAACAUGGCAACAGACCCAGAAUGUCUAUGGCAGAGUAAAAGACUGCAAUCCACUGUUGACGUGGGCCCUCGGAACGGCCGAAGAUGUGGUGCACCGUGCAGUCAACAUCUCGGCACCGUUGGUGCAGAAAUUCGACCGACCAUUGCAGCUGGUCGAUCAGACGCUGGUCAAGGGGAUCGACAAGCUCGAGGUGAACGCACCGAUCAUCAAGGAACAGCCGCAGGAAAUCUACAAUCAGGCCAAAAUGAAGGUACUGGAAACGGUCAAGCCGUACACGGAGAAGGUGUGCGAGAUGCGUUCCGCUACACAGCAGCGUGCUUCGUCGCUGAAGGAUCUGUCGUGGAAGAAAGCCAACGAAGUGCUGGCAACUCAGUACGGAAGCAUCGCGGUAUCCGGAGUCGAUACCACGGCUCAGCUGGCCGAACGUCUGUUGGAUUACUAUUUCCCGAAGAGCGAGGGCGACAUCGAGGACGAUAAUGCUGCCAUCUCUGCCAAGGACGAUCCCGUGCUGCACACCGUACAAACCGUUGGCCGUCUGUCGAACAAGGUCGCCCGUCGUGUCUACCGGACCGUUUCGAAACAGGUCAAAUCUCUCCGCAAGGAGGACGUCAAAGACUACGUUGCCACCCUGAUUGCCGUGCUUCGUCUGACGCAGUACCUGAACUUCAUCAAUGAGAAAAAUCAGCAACAAGCCGUCGAAGCUGCACCGAAUUCUUCGGCAACCACGGCGUCCGAUGUGGUGGCCACCACCAACAGCAGCCAGACACUGAAGGAGAAGCAGCAGAAGCGACAGCAAACUUCCUCAUCCGCCUCAUCUACCUCCACCACCACAUCGACCAUUUCCGGUUCGGCGACACCAAGCGAUGCAUCUUCCAACAGUAGCACCAGCAAUGCACCGAAGGAGGACCAGAAACAGUAAUGGGAACCGGGGGGGUGCCCUCGAGGAAGUUAUUGAACUGAUUAACUAGUAGAAGAUUUAUUAGUUUGAUAUGAUUUUCGCUAUUUUAAGUCGUGUUUGCCACCUGCCGGAAGAUGAAUUCAGCGUUGAAUUUCUCUGUCCAGCCGGUCCUUUCCAAUUUUGGUUGAUGCAUGGGAACUGUGAAUGACUGGUGUGUAUCCGUUGUAUGAUGAAUGUUUCUGUUGAAUGAUAAUCUAUUUCCCCGGGGAGUUUAAAUUUAAGAGAAGUUUAUAUUUUUCGUCUGUUAGAUAAGCAAUGUAUGUUUACAAGAGCUCUAUUAUUGUUUACUCAUUCAAUCAUAACUGUUUAAAAAUAAAAAUUUAAUACAUUACAGGUUAUUGUAUACAAUUCUAAA